GCAAGGCGCUGGCGGUAACUUUCCUUCUCUGUGAACGGAGCAACCAAAACGACUUCUCGCAGAGUUGCAGAGGUGCAAAUGCGCCAUUAACUAAUUCUGCGUAAAGUUCCAGUCACCGCGCAAGAGAUGUUCCGUCACCCACUCCUUAGGACCUGCCCACUCCUAAGAAGAAGAAAGCUACUAAGAGGAAGUUUGAGGGUGCAAGUUCCAGGAGGCUGUGGCCAUGGCGCAGAGGGCGGGCGGCCCAACGUGGUGGGGUUCCGUGCUGUGUUCCCGGUUCUGGUGCUGGUCCUGGGGCUCACGCUGCCCACCGCAGGUUUUCUGGAAGUGGAGAUGGCAGGGAGGACUCAGAUGGUUUUCCUGAAUGAAAAUGCGACUAUCUUUUGCAAGAUCCCUGGUUUCCCACACCUGGACAUCAACAGUAUGGGUAUCACCUGGUUUCGGAAGGCUCAGUUGUCUGAAAUAGAGAUCAAACUGUUUGAAUUUUUUGGAGACCACAAAGUGGCAUUCCGACCUGGAGCCAACGUGUCUCCAUGGAGGCUGAAGAGGGGGGAUGCCUCACUGCAGCUGCCUGGGGUCCAACUGUGGGAAGCAGGAGAGUACCGAUGUGAGUUGGUGGUCACUCCUCAGAAGGCACAGGGGAGAGUCUGGCUGGAGGUUGUAGCUCACCCAGUCAGUAGCUUGUUUCUGGAGCGAGCUGUGGUGAAAGAUAAUGAAGACAAACAUAUUUUGUGUAAGUCAAGUGGAUUCUACCCAGAGGAUAUUAACAUAACGUGGAAAAGGUGGACCCAGAAGGAUCCCCAGUUCCAGGAGAUUUCUGAGGACGUUAUCACUGGCCCCACCAUGAAGAAUAAGGAUGGUACAUUUAAUAUCACUAGCUACUUGAGGCUGAAGCCCUCUCUGGAAGACAAUGUGACCAUCUACCAGUGUGUGGUAUGGCAUGUAUCCUCACUCAUGUGCCAGAGUUUCAACUUCACCCCGAUUCUGAUAGAAUCUGAGAAGAAAACUGACUUGUGGAUUGUUUGGUUGUAUAUUGGAUUGAUCUCUACUGGACUGAUCGUAUUAAUUUUAUUUUUAUGUUUUUUUCUUUGGAAAAGGAAAAGCAGAACAAUCGAUUAAUCAAGAAAAAAGGCUGUUUGUCUAAAGUUGACCAACUGAUUCAUAGAGCCUGCUGGAGGGUGAGGGACACCGGAAUCAGAGCCUGCCAGAGGAUGAGAGACCCUGGAAGCUGGAGCUAGUUGCUCUAGUGGAGGCCAGUCUGGAUCAGAUGACAGCCACCGGACAUGUAAGCAAAUCUAGCUAAGAUCAUCAGCAUCAACAGAACCAACUCUCAAAUGCAUGAGAAAUACUUAUUUUUUCUUUUUCUUUUUCUUUUUUUGGUGGAUGGGCUGUGUCACGGCAUGUGGGAUCUUAAUAUUCCCGGCCAGGGCUCGAACCCAUGUCCCCUACAGUGGAAGCAUGGAGU